GUGAUUGGGGAGAGAGAUUUCCUCUCACCUCGCUGUAAUUGUUGCUUCUCAGAUAUAAACGGUGUCAGAGUUUCAGCUUCUCACAGUUUGGUCAGAUACUUCAAGUUCAGGACUGCUCAGCCGCAUAAGGAAACAUAAAUCUCUGUGUCCCUCACAGGGAGAAGAUGAUCUGCAGGAUCCUGCUGCUCAUCAUCCUCACAUCACAUGUCUGUGCAUCAACAAUUGUGAAGGUGACACAGAACUUCUAUCAGACAGAGGAGAACCACAACAUCACCCUGGAGUGGACCUUCACCCCCAAACAUGAACCCUCCUCUGGCUUCCUUGAUAUCUACUGUCACUUCAGAAAACAUCUGAAGAUCUUAGUUGUCUUUAAAAUGUCUGAUGGUGUUAAGAACUUGAAGCAUCAAGACGAACAGUUUGCAGGACGAGUCCAGAGCAACAGAGAUGCUAUGAGAGAGGGACGACUAAGACUCCUCAUCUCCAGACUCACGACUGAGGAUUCAGGAUGGUACUGGUGUGAAGCGUUCACAAAGUCUGGAUGGGACUCUGCCAGCUGUCAACUCCACGUCUCUGCAACCAGAUCCUACGAUGGAGCAGGAGAUGGAGGAUUAAUUACAUUAGGAGCUGUUGCAGCAGCUGCACUUCUGAUUUAUUGUGUUACAGUUUUAGUGAAGAAAAGGAGAAGAAUAUGUGCUGUUCUGUCUCAGAGAAUCAACCAUCAAGGAGUCGUAUGCAGGUUUCUGAUGAAUCACAACUCGAUUACUUGAGUCACUUAACUGAGCGACUGCAGGACUCCUCCUUCAACCUCUGAUUGGAGGACAAGAAAACUAACAUAACAUAACAUAACAUAACAUAACAUAACAUAACACAUCACAUCACAUCACAUCACAUCACAUCACAUAACAUGCCAUAGUCCGGAAUUUGGGGGAAGACCCAAAUUCAGGAGAUCCAGAGUUAAAUAAUUAUUUGAUCAAUAACUACAACUGAUCAUUUGUAGAAUUAUUGAUCAAAUAAAACCUGCAGGUCUGUGACGGAUGUUACCUGCUCAUCUGGACAAACCUUUGAUCUCCUCAGCUCUGACUUCACUAAAGUAUUUAGCAACAUUAUUAUCAUGAUAUUUACUGAUUAACUUGGACGUUUACAAGCUUCCUGUUAGUCAUCACAACCAUCAUCAUCAUCAUCAUCAUCAUCAUCAUCAUCAUCAUCAUCAUCAUCCUCAUCAUCAUCAUCUAGGUUCAAAUAAAAUCUAAACCUAAAUGCGAUAAUAAAAUGUUCAAAAGCCUCACCUUUAGUCUUAAAGUCCCGAGCUGGAAAUCAGAGAAGCCAGUUUUGUUAGUGGUAGUGUACCGGCCCCCUGCUGGUCAUUAUCUAGAGUUUCUGUCUGAAUUUUCAGAUUUCCUAUCUGGUUUAUUGAUCAGUACAGAUAAAGUCAUCAUAGUGGGUGACUUUAAAGGGGACCUAUUAUGGCAUCUAAUACCUAUUUUAAACAGGCCUUGAAUGUCUUAAAAACAAGCUUUUGAUUGUUUUUGCUAAAUGAAUUAGAAAUUCAGCUUCUAAACCAUGUCUUUAUCAUCUCAUUCUCUAACCUCAUUAUCUAUGUGGGAUUCUGAGUAGGCGGGGCUAUGAUAAUGAGGCUCUAUGCUGAUUGGCUGCCUGAAUGACGCGAUACACCGCUACGAAAAAAUGUCAAAAUCAAGUCCAUUGCUUUAUUUUCUAUUGGACUGUCCUAACUGGCCGCGAGCGACGCUGCGCAGCUCGAUGCGACGCGCCAUUUUGAGCUGAACAUUUGUCGGACGUCCUGCUUCUAUUUUUUUCUUGUCGCUCGCGUUGAAAGCCGGUUGAAAGUGCUGUAGGAAACGGUCAUGGAUGAGGAACGGCUGAUCCAGUUAGUUGAAAUGAGAAAUUAUCUCUAUGAUACCUCCUCAUUUCACUACAAAAACCUCAAUAAAGUGGCAGCUGGCUGGAGGGAGAUGGACAGGGAGCUGGAAGUUUCUGACCGUUAUUUUUGUGUGUUUUGUCAGGAUGCUGAGCAGACGUUAAUUUACUGUUAGCUUCUGUUAAUGUACUCUAGCUACUGUUAAACCAUUGAGGGAGGGUAGUUAGCAAGUUCAGCACAAUAAUAUGGCCUGUUAGAGUUGAACAACAAUUAAUAACAGAACUGCAUAUUAACGGUUUCAGUGUGGAUAGAGAGCAUGCAGGACACGGUGUUAUAGUUGUGGGCGUGGUUUGCAUUUUGGUUACGUAACGACGGGAGCAGAAUCUGAACGGCUCGUAGAAGCCACAUCACACUGGACGGCUCAUCCGGGCGGCUGUACAGACACUGCAGAAUUUGGUUGCUUUCCUCCUUCUCUGAGUUGGCAGGCUGAGGGGAGACCACUUUAUAUAUGUUACAGUAAAGCAAGAAAAAACGUGUUUUUCAUAAUAGGUCCCCUUUAACAUUCAUAUGGAUGUUGAAAGCGAUAGUCUUCUAAUCAUCAUCAUCAUCAUCAUCAUCAUCAUCAUCAUCAUCAUCAUCAUCAUCAUCAUCAUCAUCAUCAUCAUCAUCACAAAAACGUUAUGCUGUGUAAAAUGUAAAUCUAAAAGUCUAAGUAUUACAAAGGGCAGGAAAAAUAAUCGGUCUGCUGCCCCCAUCCUCUCUCCAGGAGAUUUUUGAGCAGACAGUGAUGAAGCAAGGCCAAAAAGUCACUGAGGGUCAUACUACAUCCUGUAAGAUUCAGGCAACCCAUGUGUAAAUUGAACAGGUAUAAAUUUUAUUUGUCCCACUAUCAAUCAAAUUACUGAACAGUAGGAGAUGAACUGUGUGUGCCUGUGUGUGCCUGUGUGUGUGUGUGUGUGUGUGUGUGUGUGUGUGUGUGUGUGUGUGUGUGUGUGUGUGUGUGUGUGUGUGUGUGUGUGUGUGUGUGUGUGUGUGUGUGUGUGUGCGUGUGCGUGUGCGUGCGUGUGCGUGCGUGUGCGUGCGUGUGAUUGGGAGUGACGUGAGGAAAGAAAUGUGCAAUAAUGUGUAGGUUUCUCUUGUGUAGGUCAGUGCAAUAAUGUGGACAUUUGUGCAAUAUGUUCAGUCGGGCUCUGCAAUAAUGUGUAGGUUUCUUUUCUGUAGGUUUGCAAUAAUGUGUAGGUUCUCUUGCGUAGGUCAUUUGUGCAAUAAUGUGGACAUCUGUGCAAUAAGUUCAGUCGGGCUCUGUGCAUCAUUUUUUCUUCUACUCAGGGGUAGUGUGUAAUAGGUUUUCUGGGAACUGGGCGUGGAAACUGAUGUGGGUUAACUAUAGUGUGGUUUGAUUGUAUGUGUGGGUAAAGUCUUCGGGGUUGUGUUUCUAUGUUUGUUGGAGUGUGAUUGUCGCCUGUGCCUCUCGUGUCCAAGACAAAUUUCUCCUAAGGGAGACAAUAAAGAUUCAUCUUAUCUUCAUCUUAUCUUAACUCG